UUUGCUCAUUCCUUCUUACUUUUUCUUCUUAUAAUCUUCACCAUUCACUCACAACACAAAGCCAGAGAGCGAUGGAUCAAAUAAAACCGGAGUUUCUGAAGAGAUUGACGAAGUUCAUAGUAGUUUCGAUAUGGGUUUUAUCUCUUUUAGUCACCCACAACUUCUAUUUAUACAGAUUCACGAUUCAACUCGUAACACAUGCAGUAGAUAAGAACUACAUGUUCCUCCUCUGCAAUGGUCUCUUAGUGGUUGUUGCAAAGUGCUCUGGUUUGAACGUUUCGUCAAAACCAAUAGAGACAAGUAAUGCUAAUAAAACUUUUGAUUAUCAAGAUUUCAAGAGUUACGGUACGAUACUGGAACUGGAGUAUAACUGUGCUGAUGGAAUAGGAGGAACAGAGUCCUUUCUUGCAGAGGAAGUUACAACUAUUGAAGAAGUUACAAAACAUCAAGAAACCGAAGAAGAUGACGACGAAGAGGACGACACAUUAGCGGAUAAUGAUGGAGAUGAAGUGUGUGAUCUUCGUGAGGAAGAAGAACAAGAUGACGUAGAAUUGUUGACAUCUACGGAGGAGGAGGAGAUGAAUAAGAAGUUCGAUGAGUUUAUCAGAAAGAUGAAGGAAGAGCUUAGAAUCGAAGCUAGACGUCAUUUAAUCCUUGUUUGAGUUCUUAGUUUAAAUUAGUUUCGUUAAAAUAAAUAUU